AAAUAUCAAAUUACGAAAAAUGGUGGUAGCACAAACAGCUUCAAGUGUGAAGGUGGCAGCUGGUGGUGGUGGCGCCACUGGCAAUGGCAAUAGCAACAGCAACGGUGCGGCACGACGCACACCAACCGGUGCUGAACCAACUGAUGGCGCCCAACCGCCACAAGCGUUGAAGGACAAGUCGACUGCGGCAGCGGCGGCGGGCAAAGAGAAGCCCGGAUUGCUGAGCAGCAAAUGUUUACUACGGACCAUCACCGCAUUUUUGGCGAGCAACAAACGCAACUCCUACAAUGCACAAAUGCGCGCCAAACAGACGAGCAGACGACGUCGCCAACGCAAGAUGGACGAGUUGAGCGGUAAAAUUAAUCCGAAAUUGUUGGAGAGUUUGCGUAAAAAGACAAAGUUUGCCAAAGAUGAAGUCGAUGCUUUGUGUCGCAUUUAUCGCAAACUCAUAUCAAAUUGUCAAUAUGCAGCAAAAACCUUAGCAACUGGCAGCUCGAGUGCAGCAAUUGUAAAACCGCAUGCAGCAGUGGAGGGCAUUGAUCGCAUUGUCUUUCGCGAGCUGCUGCACAGCACAUUCGACAUUGUAACCGAAGAGAUUCUCAUGGAGCGCAUAUUUUGCUGCUGGGAUCGUGCACACGAGGGUCUACCCUUGCGUUUGGAGGGCUGGUUGACCGGUUUGUCGAUAUUCCUACGCGGCUCAUUAGCGGAGCGUGCAAACUUUUGCUUCCGUGUCUACGAUUUGAAUAGCGAUGGGUUCAUAACGAAGGAUGAGAUGUUCACAUUGCUACGCAAUUGUCUCAUCAAACAACCGCAAGAUGAGGAUCCCGAUGAGGGUGUCAAAGAUUUGGUGGAGAUUGUGUUGAAAAAAUUCGAUUUGGACAAGGAUGGCAAGGUUUCUAUCGACGAUUUUAUGGGCACUAUUGAAGCUGAACCUUUGCUGUUGCAAGCUUUUGGACAAUGCUUACCAUCUGAAACGGCUACUGUUUCAUUCUUCUCAACAUUACAAAUAUAAAUUUUCUGUUUUAACAAUAAAAAUAUAUCAGAACUAUAUAUGGGAAGUCAAUAAAGUGAACAAUUUUGACUUGAAUGAA